AUGAACACUGUAGAGACUCGGCAGGCUGAACUUAAGAAGAUCAAAGAUGCUGUCAAGAAGAACAACAAACGCAAGAGGGAGGCGUCCCGAGUACAAUCAGAAGAUGGUAGUCCAAGGCAACCACGACUGUCAGGCAUCAACAGCGCAUCAGCAGGGACUUACGAUGCGCAGCAAGAUUGGGCUGAUGCUCCACCCGAGACCUCAGAACUACACCUUGAGCUGUCAGAGGAAGAUUUCCAACCCCGAAGCCUCGAGCAAACUUCAAGCCGAACGCCCUCGAUAGCACCGACUCCAAGCGCGACUACCUACUUCCGCUUCGGGUUUCAUAGAGAAGCAGAGUUGUUGAUGCACUACUUGGAUCAUGUCUUCGCGCUUCAGUUCCGAUUCUACUCUCCAUCUAUACACAAUGGUGGUCGAGGUUGGCUGUUAUGGCUGCUGACGGAGACAAAACCACUAUAUCAUGCGGCUCUCAGUCUAGGAGCAUUACACCAGCACUCGCUACUUGCUCGUACCGCUCGAGGGAAUCGUUAUCAUGAUACCUUGAGUGAACUCAACGAGCAUCACAAUCGUGCUCUGCAAGAGCUCCAGAUAUUCUUGCAGAGCAGCUACGAAGUCUCUGAUGAGGUGCAACCAGGCAGAAAGAGAAGAUUGCAGAUUCUUGCUUGUGGCGUACAAUUCAUCAGCUUUGAACUGUUUCGUGGCGGGACAAGCCAAUGGCAGGUUCAUCUUGAUGCCUUGGCUACAGUAGUUCGCGGUAUGCCAGUCGUGAACGCUACAGAUACUGGCAGCUCGCCCGGGGAUCUCACGCCAGUCACCUCCAGCGGACUCGAGUCUCAUAGUUUGGAAGAUAACGCGGAACACUUCCUCGUGGGAGCUGUGUUAUGGUUUGACAUACUGUCUUGUGCUUCUACAAGCGAUGCUCCUCGUCUUCAUUCAGAAGCUGUUCGUCUGCUCCAAGGGAAAAUUGAUCUAGCGAACAUCAUACCCUGCCAGCCAUGGGUUGCCUUGGCCAUAAGUGACAUUGCAGCGCUCGGUGCUUGGAAAGACGAUGCGGUCUCCACUAGCAGUCUAAGCUUUUGGAAACUGUUCGAAAAAGCCGAUCCCAUUCGAAGACGCUUAGGUGACGGGAUCGCUCGCCUCCGCGCAGAGAUUAACGAAUCUUUCGCCUCCCUAGGCAUUUCUCACCUCGGUACCAUGGGUGCUUACCUGGUUCUUACCAAUCCUGGUGUUCAACAAGAAGCCAUCAAGCGAGCAAUAACCCUAGUCUUCGCAUACGCUGCUCAAGUCUAUCUCAAUACUAUCAUCUCGGGAGCCGAUCCGAAGCUCGAUGAUGUUCGAAGUAGUGUCAACGACACGAUGAAUGCUCUACAAGAAUUGCAAUUCAUCUGUGAUGCCCAAGCUUUGCGAAAUCUCAUUUGGCCAAUAUGCAUCGCCGGUAGUAUGGCUGAGGAUGUGCCAACUCAGACAUAUUUCCAGAGUCUGAUUCAAGAUCUUGGCGAAGAGGCACAUGCUUUCGGCAACACCGGAACUACUCUACAGAUCAUGCAGAAAUGCUGGGCUUCACGCGACGAAAACAGAUCUGGUUCAUGGGACUGGGCUUCGGCUAUGGAGUCGUUGGGCCAACGAGUGUUACUCGUCUGA